UAUUCCUGUACUUGUUCAUCAUAAACCUAUGUGAGAAUAUCUCCGCAGCAAUUAAAAUGGCGCUGUCCAGGACGAACUGUUUAAGGACGACGGGGUUAAUUCGUUCUGUAGAUUUAUUAAGUCGUAUUAGUUCUCCCCAGAAUUUAUUGGAGACUAAUAAACUGGUUCAGAUACCAUGUCUGUCUUUCACAGUAGUCAAAAAGAAGCCUAUUUCAGAGCGGAAAUAUAAAACCCCAUUAAAGUUUCUGCCCAAACACCCUUUCAUGGAACCACAUAUAGAACAUAACCCUGAAGAAAUUACAAAACUUUUAAAAGAAUAUAAAGAGAAUGAGCCUGUAUCCUCAAUGCCCAAUCCUUACACAAAGCCAUAUAAGAGAUGUGUUUUGUGUCAACAUGAUGUAAAACUAGACUACAAGAAUGUGCAGUUAUUAAGUCAGUUUGUUUCACCAUUCACUGGCCAGCUGUUCAACCGAUCAAUAACUGGUCUUUGUAUACCGAUGCAAAAGAAAGUUUCCAGGCUUGUUAAAACUUCCAGAAGGCUUGGUUUAAUGCCCUUUAUGUUUAAAGAUCGGCGCUAUGUGGAAGAUCCUAAACUCUUUGAUCCACUUCGACCAAAGAAGUACAACUCUUAGUCGGAAUUUCUUAAUGUAACAUAGACAGAAUAAAGUUAUUGGUUUGUAUUUGUAAAAAUAUUUGAACUUGUAAUCUUAUUUAUGUUGAAAAAUAUUAACAGCAAGUAAAAAAAAAAAAAAAAUUCCUAUUGUUUUGCUCUACAUUGCAACUGUUGUGAACGCUGUAAUUUAACCCCUGAAAGAGAUGUCAAUUCUACUGCCUAAAACUCUUACAAAAUUAGUAAUCAGGAUUUAAGCCUUAAGUUUCUAGACUGCACAAAGACCAGACAAUGCUAUUCAUAUGAAAUAUUCACUUAAAGGUUUUCUUUUUAGAAAACCAAUGCUAAGUUAAAAAUAUAUAUUCUUUUCUUUUGCAAAAUAUACAACUAUUUUGAAUGUUGUGGGUUGAAUCUGGAGAGCAUAACUCUCAGUAGACCAACUUGAGCAGAUAUUGUCAAGGCUUAUUAGUUUGGUUCCUACAGUUGAUAAUUUGUGUUAUAUAGCUUUUUGUUAUGAAACUGUCUAGAUUAGUUUAGGCUAUUACAAAAGAUAAAGGAAUAGGGGGGGAAAAUUGCUUUGAAAGAUAAAUUCCAAUUUAACAAGCAAAUCUCUGAAAAUGUCUUGUGAUGGUUAGCUGAAAUAAAAAUUAAUUAUACAAAUUAAAGUACUGAUUAUUCCAUUAUAGAAUAUUUUAUUUUACCAAAAUAUAUUUAGGCAACCUGCAGUUAAGAUACAGUGUGUGUAAAUAGAUAUACACAUUGUUUUUAAAGUGUGAGAAAAGAUUUAAAGCAAAAAUAACGAGGCAUAAAAGUGUGAUGAAACCAAUCAAAUUUAUUAUUCCAUGUUGCCCUUUCAAUGUCUGAAAACUUGCUAAAGAAUAAUACAAUUGCAAAAGCAAGUAUUUUUUUUUAAGGUCAGUUGAUAAUUUCAAGGUAAUUUGAAGAAAAAAAAAAUAGAGAGAAAAUAUAUUAAAUAAGUGCUUGCAAUGAAAUUUUUAAAAAUAGACAUUUUUAAAAUAAAAUAACAAGCACUUUGCAGAAGCUUCUAUCUGUGAUUAAAGGAUAUGACUUAAAUAAACUCAAGUUUAAAUUCUAAAACAAGGGUGACAAACCUAUAUUUCUCUGCAAUUUCUUGUGACUACUUGGAAUAUAAUUAAGAUUAAAAUUUUUUAAAAUACACUGUUAUACUUAAAAAAAAAAUUGUCUAAAAAUACAAAAGCAAGUAAUUAUUAAAACAAAAAACCAUUGCCCCCCUUUCUGUUCUAACUUGAUGAUACAUUUACACAAGGUUAACAACCUAUUUGGAAUAGGAUGAGGAGCUGGCCUUUUAAAUAAUGAGUUAACUAAACUGCAGAAGGGAGAAUGCAAGCAUAAUUAACACUUAAAUUUUUUAAAAAUUGUUUUUAGGGAAAACUAAUCAACUUUCCAUUAGCUGUUCCAAUAUUAACUUUGUGGUCAGGUUAUAUAUAUAAUAAAAUUCUACAUGUAACAACAAUCUUAAUAAAUAUGAAAUAUAAAAUAUUUAGUAGUGACUUUUCAGGGUUUUUUUUCUUCCUUUAAAGUUGAUAUAAUUAACUUUGUAUAUAAUAAUUAGUCCUUAGAUCACCAUAAGCAGAGUUAAUUUGAUUUAUUCAGUUGGGGCGAGAAAAAAAAUAAAAAGAGCAAUAGAGAUCAUUCAAACACAACAUUCACACAAAAUGGUGAUUAAGGACACAAACAGAAUUUUCAACUAAACAUUCUGAAUCAAACCCGUCUCAAAUGAAACCAUCUGGGAUGAAUUCUUUACACAAAUUCUUUCAGUUUCACUGCCAUCUCUGUAGAGCCAAAUGAAACCUGGCUGGAUGAAUUCUUUCAGUUUUUCUGUCUUUCCCUCUCCCCCCAUAAUCUCAGCUAAGUGUACAAACUUCUGCAUUCUUAAUUUGUUUCCAAGUUUUGGGAAAAAUAAAACCAAAAACAAAAAGAAACCCCACACCCCACAAAAAUCACCAACCCAAAUUCACAUUCUGGCUUAACUUACACCAUUAUAGUUAUAUAUUAAUUAGCAUGUAAUUAAAUGUUAGUUAUUAAAAAUCAAUAAUAAAAAAAAACAGUACAAGUGUGUAGGCCAAAUUUUUGAAAAUUGUAU